AGCAGACGUCACUCCUUUAUUAUUAAAUAUAUAGUCUAACCUUAAAAUCGCAAAUAGUCUUAAAUCAGCUGAUAUGCGGUAAAUAAUUUUAUUAAAAAAUACAUAAAAUGGACGAGAGUGGACCUAAAAGGGGCCGCGGUCGGGGCCGAGGAGGCAGAGGAAGAGGACGAGGCCGUGGUAGAGGACGAGGAAGAGGAAAAAAAGCAAUUAAAGUGAUUGAGAGUGACGAAGAAGUCGAUAACCCUCAACAUCAAGAAACCGUCGAAGAAUUACAAACAACAGAAGACAAUGAAAACGUUGCUCCGAAAAUUGACUUGGAGGCUGAUAUCUCCCAAUUGGAGGCGCCAACAUUUACUACCAUAAACAGAGGGCCACCAGAACCUAUGCUCCGUUUAGACUGGAAUCAUAAAGUCAAUCUAAUGGGAGAGAAAGUUCUCAACCCUAUGAUCCACUGCUGUGACAAAUGUUUAAAGCCAAUUUUAAUAUAUGGAAGAAUGAUUCCAUGCAAGCAUGUGUUUUGCCUUGCGUGUGGUAAACAAGAGCAGAAGCAAUGUCCACGUUGUUUAGAAAAAGUGUCCCGCGUUGAACAGACAGGUUUAGGUACAGUCUUUAUGUGUACACAUGGUGGAACUCGUUACGGCUCCUCAGGAUGUCGCAGGACAUACCUGUCUCAACGAGAUCUUCAGGCUCAUAUUAAUCAUCGUCAUGUUUCAAAUCUAAAUCCACCGAUGGAAGUUAUUGAGCCGGAGAGGGCGCCAGUACGGCCAAAAGCUGGAGACCCAAGAACUCCCAUUGCAAUAGCAACAAAUAUUCGGCAACGCCAGUUGUCAGGACCAUCUCAAAGUACUGGUGUUCGAACUAAUCUGAUAACUGUUCCUAUACAAGAUUCAGCUCCUGCAAUAGUUCACGAAACAGUAGUGCCAUCACAGGCAUACUAUCAGCAAUACCAGCCAACACCUAGUUAUACACAAACACAAAUGCCUCCAAUUCACAUUCCUCCUCCUCAGCAGACUCAGUAUUAUGCUGCACCUCCUGCAGCUUACAGUGCUACUACUAGUUAUCCAGCCUAUACCUCUGCUACUCCUCAAGCCACACAAUUUGCUUCUACUACACCUUCACAACCUAGACCAGCACAGUUUGAUUACAGUUCUGCACCACCACAAUGGACUGGUAGCCAACAAUAUUAUCGAUAAAUGACCACAGUAAAAGUAAGGUCUUUUUAAAUAUUAUAACUUUAUAGAAUUGCAAAUACAUUUAAACUAAUUGUAAGUAAUUAAUACUAUUAUACAUGUAUGUGUCCAUGCUAUGCGUAUCUGUAAUUUUAUUAUUUAAAUUGAAUAAAAUAGAUAUCAGCGAUGAUAGUA